UUUCCCGCCUUUUCCGAGGUUCGGAGGCGGAAGCUCUUGGUUCUUUCUGCUGCCCUCAUAGACGGCAGUUCACGCGGCACCCAGCCCGUGGCCACCCUCUUGUUCUUCAAAGACCCUGCCGUGCCCUGACCCGGGCACCUCGGACGCCUGCCUUCCACCUCCCGGGCAGGAGGUCCUCGGGGCUGGAGGACGGAAUGGAAAAGCCGAAGCCCUUCAAGCUGUUCGUGCCGCCGCGGCUGAGCAGCAGCCAGGUGUCGGCAGUGAAGCCCCAGACCCUGGGAGGGGACGCCAAUUUCUUCAAGAGUUUCAACAAGUGUAUUGAAGAUGAUUUUGGUUUUCCUUUUGCAACAACUAAUCUCUCCAAAAAUGGGGAAAACAUUGAUUCAGAUCCUGCUUUACAAAAAGUUAACUUUUUGCCCAUGCUUGAGCAGGUUGAUAAUUCUGGCAGUUUCCACUAUCAGGAAGGACUAAAAGGCUCUGAUUUUGAGAAUUCGGAGCCAAUGAGCAGACUAUAUUCAAAACUGUAUAAGGAAGCUGAAAAGAUCAAAAAGUGGAAAGUGAGUGUAGAAUCUGAACUGAAACAGAAAGAAAAUAAAUUGCAAGAAAAUAGAAAGAUAAUUGAAGCACAGCGAAAAGCCAUUCAGGAACUGCAGUUUGAGAAUGAAAAAGUAAGUUUGAAAUUAGAAGAAGAAAUUCAAGAAAAUAAGGAUUUAAUAAAAGAGAAUAAUGCUACCAGGCAUUUAUGUAAUCUACUUAAAGAAACCUGUGCUAGAUCUGCAGAGAAGACAAAGAAAUAUGAAUAUGAACGGGAAGAAACCAGGCAAGUUUAUAUGGAUCUAAAUAAUAACAUUGAGAAAAUGAUAAUAGCUUUUGAGGAACUUCGUGUUCAAGCUGAGAAUUCCAGACUGGAAAUGCAUUUUAAGUUAAAGGAAGAUUAUGAAAAAAUCCAGCACCUUGAAGAUGAAUAUAAGAAAGAAGUAAAUGACAAGGAAAAUCAGUUAUCGCUACUACUGAUCCAAAGUGCUGAGAAAGAAGAUAAAAUGAAAGAUUUGACAUUUCUGCUAGAGGAAUCCAGAGAAAAAAUUAAUCAAUUGGAGGAAAAGACAAAAUUACAGAAUGAAAGCUUAAAAGAAUCAAAUGAGAAGAAGGACCUUUUGACAUCAGAACUAGAAGAUGUUAAAAUGUCUUUGCAAAUAAGUGUGAGUACUCAGAAAGCUUCAGAGGAAAAUUUACAGAUGGCAACAAAAAAAAUAUGUCAGCUCACUGAAGAAAAAGAAGCUCAAAUGGAAGAACUUAAUAAAGCCAAAGCUGCCCAUUUAGUUGUGAUUACUGAUCUUAAAACAACUAUCUCUAACUUGGAGGAAUUAUUGAGAACAGAACAGCAAAGAUUGGGAAAAAAUGAAGAUCACCUGAAAGAACUUACCAUGGAGCUUCAGAAGAAAUCAAAUGAACUGGAAGAGAUGACUCAGUUUAAAAAUAACAAAGAAGUAGAACUUGAAGAAUUGAAAAAAAUCUUGGCAGAAAACCAAAAACUUUUAGAUGAAAAAAAACAAGUCGAGAAGAUUGCUGAAGAAUUGAAAGUAAAAGAGCAAGAACUAACUGGUCUUUUACAGACCAGAGAGAAAGAAGUACAUGAUUUAAAAAUACAGUUAACUGCCAUUGCAACAAGUGAACAGCAUUGUUUAAAACAGGUUAAAGAUCUGAAAACUGAGCUUGAGAAAGAGAAGUUUAAGAAUACUGAAUUAACUGCAAGCUGCAACAAGCUUUCACUAGAGAACAAAGAACUAACACAAGAAACAAGUAAUAUGGCCCUAGAAAUCAAGAAACAGCAAGAAGAUAUUAAUAGUAGCAAAAAGCAACAAGAAAGGAUACUGAAACAAGUAGAAAAUCUGGAAGAAACAGAAACACAAUUAAGGAGUGAACUGGAGUCUGUGAAAGAAGAGCUAAAACAGAAAGGAGAUGAAGUUAAAUUUAAAUUGGACAAGAGCGAAGAAAAUGCUCGAAGCAUCGAAUGUGAAAUUUUAAAAAAAGAUAAACAAAUGAAGAUAUUAGAAAACAAGUGUAAUAAUUUAAGGAAACAAGUUGAAAAUAAAGGCAAGCACAUUGAAGAGCUUCAGCAGGAGAAUAAGGCCUUGAAAAAAAAGGGUACAGCAGAAAGCAAACAACUGAAUGCUUAUGAAAUAAAGGUCAGUAAAUUAGAGUUAGAACUAGAAAAUGCCAAACAGAAAUUUGAAGAAAUGUCUGACAACUAUCAAAAAGAAAUUGAGGACAAAAAGAUAUCAGAAGACAAUCUUUUGGGAGAGGUUGAGAAGGCAAAAUUAAUAGCUGAUGAAGCAGUAAAAUUACAGAAAGAAAUUGAUAUACGAUGUCAACAUAAAAUAGCUGAAAUGGUAGCACUUAUGGAAAAACAUAAGCACCAAUAUGAUAAGAUUGUUGAAGAAAGAGACUCAGAAUUAGGACUUUAUAAGAGCAGAGAACAAGAACAGUCAUCAGUGAAAGCAUCUUUGGAGCUUGAACUAUCUAAUCUAAAAAAUGAACUUUUGUCCAUUAAGAAGCAACUUGAAAUAGAGAAAGAAGAAAAAGAAAUCCUCAAAAGAGAAGCAAAGGAAAACAUAAUUACUCCCAAAGAAAGAAAAGACAAGAAAACACAGACAUCUUUAUUGGAAACACCUGAAACUAAUUAUCGGAAAUUUGACUCUAAAAUAGCCUCUUCACAAAAUAUAUCUCGAAAUUUUUCAUCAGCCAAUCAUGGCAAAUCCAAAGAUAAAAGAGACACUCUGUGGACCUCCACCAAAAGUACUUUAUCUGCCCCAUUACCAAAGGCAUAUACAGUGAAGACACCACCUAAGCUAAAAAUACAGCCUAGAGAAGAAAAGAAUACAUCUGUUGAGGAAAAUAAUAAAAAGAGAAGAAUGGUCUUUGAAUUUGAUAUUAAUUCAGAUAGUUCGGAAACUACUGAUCUUUUGAGCAUGGUUUCAGAGGAAGAGACAUCGAACAAACUAUACAAGAAUAAUAAUCCACCAGUUUCUCAUCUUUGUGUCAGAACACCAAAAAAGACUCCUUCAUCUCUGACAACCCCUGGAUCUGUGCUGAAGUUUGGACCUAUGAGAAAAAUGAGAGAGGACCACUGGGCUAUCAUUGCUAAAAUGGAUAGGAAAAAAAAACUGAAGGAAGCAGAAAAGCUAUUUGUUUAAUUUAAAAAAAACUCAGUGUGAUUUCUAAUAGCCUCAAAUUUAUGGUUAAUUUAAAAAUUAUUUUCCCCAAAGCCAAAUUUUAUCUGGAAGUUAAGAUCUUAAAAAUAUUUGCAUAUGGGGCUGGGAUCAUGGCUCAGUGGUAGAGUGCUUGCUUCCCAUGUGUGAAGUACUGGGUUAGAUUUUCCAGCACCACAUAA